GUGUCGUAGCAGCUGCUCAGUCUCGAAAGAUCUGUUGUUGCAGUGCUGUUGCCCAAGUUUUCUGUUGGCUCUCUGUUGCUUUGCGUUUGUUUUCCAUCAAUAAGCAUCUAAAUUAAACAGCUUUCAGUCAGAUUUUUCCCGCUGAGCUGCUCAGCCAUGUCUUCUCCGGUGGAAGUGACUGAGCUUUAUGAUAACGCGCUGUUAGGGAUCCUGCAGCAUGUUGGAAACAUUCAGAAUUUUCUGCAGGUUUAUUUUGGGUUCCUCUAUAGAAAGACGGACUUCUACCGCCUUCUCAGCGGCCCGCAGGACCGCAUGGGCUUCCCGCCCGGAGUAGCUGAAAAAAUGGUGUUUAAGUUCCUCCAGCUGUCCCUCAGUAAAACCGGGGAGGUUUGGUGGAGUGCCGUGUUGAAGGGUGAGGCCGAGAUCGAUGUGAACCAGAUCAACCGGGAACGCACUAUGGCAACUGUAGAUGAAGAGGAGCAUGCUGUAUUGGACCGCCUGUCGUUUGAUUACCACCAAAAACUCCAGGGGAGACCACAGAGCCAUGAGAUUAAAGUCCACGAGAUGCUGAAGAAGGGCUGGGAUGCUGAAGGAUCUCCAUUUAAAGGCCAAGACUUUGACCCCUCCAUGUUCAACAUCCCACACAGUGCUGUCCAGUUUUGAGGUCGCAUGACAUGCCAGAUGGAAAGUCAGCACUUACUGUAACAAACGUACACACACUGAAGUACAGUGACGGUGUUGGUUUCUUGCGGUGCUAUAAAAUGUCUGCACUGCACAUCUCAUGCCAAUAUAACUGAUUCACUGACACUGAUAAUUGUCUCAUGUUUAGUUGCCAUGCAAAAUGGGCCAUUGAUCAUUUAGAAUUUUUAGUGUUUUAUGAAAUCAGUUGACUGAGGUUUUCUUUGGCCACGUGUGUCUGUGAUCUUACAUUUGCCAAGUUAUUCGGGCUUAUUGAUUGUUAGUUUUCAUACUAUUUCAGUGAUCUACAAUAGCAACAGUGAAAUGAAGUUUCAUCAGAUAUGUUAAGGGUUUGCACUGUUUCUUUAAGCAGAUUGCUGCUGUUCACAUGAGAAAAAAAAUUCUUAACCUUCACUUGUUUCCAUCAUUUGCAUCAGAUUUUUGUGCCUGAAUCUA